AUGCAGGAUCUGUGGCUUCAAAAAAUCGAUUGGGAUGAGAUUAUUCCCGCGUCACUUCUGCAAAGAUGGCAAGAUUACGUUAGCAGUCUUCCUAAGCUUUCUAAUUGCCGUAUGCCACGUUGGCUUAAUACCUACGAUCCCGAUCACGCGGUGGAGAUUCACGGAUUCGCCGACGCGUCACAGCGUGCCUACGCUGCUGUCGUCUAUUUACGGGUUCGCCACUCGCCUAAUCGAAUUUCGGUUUCGCUGCUCGCUGCCAAAUCAAAAGUGGCGCCCUUAAAAACGAUUGCCAUUCCCCGCCUGGAACUUAUGGCUAUCGUACUCCUAGCACGUUUAAUAAAUCACGUUUUAGGCGUGCUCGAGAAUCCGGAUAUACCGAUUUACGGCUGGACAGAUUCCACCGUCGCACUAGCGUGGGUCAGUCAACACCCCUCAAAAUGGCGAACGUUCGUCGCUACGCGAGUCUCCGAGAUUCAGACGAAAUUACCGACAGCGAAGUGGCAUCACGUGCCGACAAUCAGCAACCCCGCGGAUUGUGCUUCGCGCGGUAUUUCGGUAGAGGAGUUUCGCGUCCACCCGCUGUGGUGGUCAGGCCCGGCCUGGCUAAAAGAUCCUCCCGUCUCUUGGCCAGAGAGAAAAAAAUUGCAGGACAAAUUAUCGGACGAAAUAGAGUCAAACGUGAAUGCCGAAGUUCGCGUCGCUACCGUAGAUAAUUCAAAGUCCGCUCCGGCAGCGGAUAUAUUCAAUAUCCACGAAAAUUUUACGUCGUGGGGAAAAUUGCUUCGCGUCACAGGUCACGUGUUUCGUCUCUUUAGAACGCAUAAAACCAGCAACAAAGCGAGCGAAAUGGCGGCCGGGGUAUUGACGAGCCUUGAUGUCAAGAGAGCGCGGAUCUUCUGGAUCCAACGAUUACAAGCCCUAAGCUUCAAUGCCGAACUCAUCGCGUUGCGUGGGAAUUCUCCGCUAAGCAAAUCGAGUCCUCUGCGUUCGCUAACGCCGUUUCUUGACGAAAACGGCAUUAUUCGGCUUGGCGGGAGACUCCGCCACUCCUUACUCUCAUACGAUGAGAGAUUUCCGGUGAUCCUUCCGCGUCACCGCAUUACCGAAUUAAUUGUCGAUCAAGCUCACUUGCGAUCCUCGCACGGAGGUCCGCAACUUACUCUACGCGUAUUACGUCAAAAUUUCUGGAUUCUUGGUGCGAGAUCUCUUGUCAAAUUCCGAAUAAGAAAAUGUAUGACAUGCAUACGCGAAAGCGCGAGGACCGCAAGUCAGCUCAUGGGCGAUCUACCGUCACCGCGAGUGACGCCAUCGCCCACCUUUUCCCACUGCGGAAUAGAUUAUGCCGGCCCCUUACAAAUCAUACCGUAUGUCGGUCGCGGUCAGACCUCGCGGAAAUAUUACGUCUGCAUUUUCGUAUGUCUCGCAACUCGUGCGAUUCAUUUAGAGUAUGUCUCUGAUUACUCAUCGGAGGGCUUUCUUGCGGCCUUUCGAAGAUUCGUUAGUCGACGUGGACUUCCAUCCGAUGUCUAUAGCGACAAUGGUACGAAUUUUGUAGGGGCCGACCGUGAGUUGCGACUCGCAUUUAUAAAAACAUGUAAAGAUCGCGCCGUCCACGAUCACCUUGUCACUGACGGUGUACAGUGGCACUUUAUACCCGCGGCGUCUCCACAUUUCGGGGGACUCUGGGAGGCGGGAGUAAAGAGUUUUAAAUAUCAUUUAAAGCGCGUUAUCGGAGGUCAUACUCUGUCGCAGUUGGAAUUCGCGACUCUUUUGUGCCAAAUCGAAGCCUGCCUUAACUCCCGUCCUCUCGCCGCAUUGACAAGCGAUCCGGACUCCUUCGAGGCGCUCACACCGGGGCACUUCCUGAUAGGUCGCCCCCUUUUGAGUGCACCGGGAGAGUCUGUCUUAGAAAUUAAUGAGAAUCGUUUGUCAAGAUGGCAAAGGGUGCAGGCCAUGCACGAACAAUUUUGGAAAGCAUGGUCUUCUGAUUACUUGCACACGCUUCAUCAGAGGCAGAAAUGGCGAACGGUAGAACCACCGAUUAAAAUUAACGACCUCGUAAUAAUAAAAAACCCUCUGCUUCCCCCCGCUAAAUGGGACAUGGCCAGAGUCAUCGAGACACACCCUGGCCCAGAUGGUCACACGCGCGUCGUGACCGUUCGCACCGCGUCUUCAACGCUUAAGCGCCCGAUUACUAAAAUCUGCCCACUUAUUAGAACAGACGAGUAA